CAAAGAUGCUUUCAUCCAUUGAAGAAGCAAUUCAGGAUUUCAAAAAAGGGAAGUUUCUUGUCGUUUUGGAUGAUGAAAAUCGCGAAAAUGAAGGUGAUCUAAUCAUCGCAGGCGCGAAUCUUACAACUGAACAAAUGGCGUUUCUUGUUCGACACUCAAGUGGCUAUGUUUGUGUUCCUACGACUGCUGAACGCUUGAACGAAUUAAAUAUUCCCAUGAUGGUCGAAAACAAUGAAGAAAGGAUGCGUACAGCGUAUGCAGUUACAGUUGACUUUACAGAAGGAGUUACUACUGGAAUAUCCGCACAUGAUCGUGCACUCACGACCAGACAACUAGCCAACCCAGAACUAAAGAAUCCUAAAGCCUUCAAUCGACCAGGUCAUAUCGUGCCUUUAAGGGCACAACGGGGAGGUGUUUUGGCUCGUGAUGGCCACACAGAAGCUGCAGUUGAUUUGUGCAAGCUUGCAGGUCUGCCUCCUGUCGCUGCUAUAUGUGAGCUUGUUCGUGAUGAGGAUGGACUAAUGUCCCGAUACGAUGACUGUGCACAGUUUUCUUCGCAGUGGGGAAUUAAGAUGAUUACAAUUAAAUCUCUUGUAGAAUACAUUAAGAAACACCCCUUAUGAAAACGUCUAUGAGGCGUUAAACACUAAAGUUUUGCAUGUUAAUUGCUUCUCGCACGACCUUUCUCUCUUUUUGGUUUCUUUUCUUAAUUAUCUGAUUUUGGGUUUUUGUCCAUAAAAUAUGUAGACGAGCGAAUGGUUAAAGUUUAUAAGAAAUGAACAAAUGACAAAUUAAUGAUCCUUUGUGUACGCAACUUCAC